AUGUCGUUCCACGCAAAUGCUCAAGACGUUCCCGAGACUCAAGCGCAUCCGGUUAAGUCCGAUACUCAGGAGCAGAGAUCUGAAAAAUCCUAUAAGGCCGCCGCUCAUAAUCCCACCGUUUCUCAUGAGGCCAGGGUUCACGCAGCUGAGAAAUUGGCCGAGCUUCACGAAAAGAGAACGGGUGACAAGAUCGACCCAAGUUAUGAGGCUGGCAUCGGGGAUAAAAAAGCAGAACAAUUCCAAUAG